UACAGAUUUAGGAGGAAUAAUUGUCGAUUUGCUUGAACCAUUGCUUGUUAUACGAAAAAUAAAAGGCGUAAAUGCAGAUGCAAGUACUGAUAUUCUUGUACCUUCUCCCAUCAUGCUACUGCUGGGAUCUGUUUCAAGGAUACGGUAUACAGUCAGUUGGAGUAAGAGGAAAAAUUUUUUGUAACCGUAAACCGACAGAAAAAGUGGCAAUAAAACUCUACGAACAAGAAAUUCUUGAUGAUAGAUGGGCUGAAGUCGGCUGGGUCCAACCUUGGCCAGACGGAUCAUUUUUUAUCAAAGGCACUUUUGAGGAGUGGUCCAAAAUAGAGCCUUACCUCAAAGUCAAACAUUCGUGCAAUCUGCGGGAAGGAUUACCGUCUUCAAGAUGGUCUAAGUUCUGCAUAUACAUCCCAAUCAAGUACGUAACCACUGGCAAGGGUCCUGGAGUGGUGGAGAAAUACUGGGAAGUCAAAUGGGAUCUUUCGAAGACGAUUGAGGGUCAACGGAAGUGUUAA